ACGGUAGAAUCCAGGCUAUUAAGGAAGAAUCGCAGCAAUUCCCCAAUCCUAAUGAAGUAGUUCCUCUGGAAUCCAAUGAACAACAAGCAACCAAGUUGCUGACAAAUUGGCUUAUGUUAGUGUUUCGUGGUGGGAUACUUGUCAUCAAGCCACUCUAUUGCCGAAAUAUGUCCCGUUUCUUGGAAUUUCGGUUUGUUUGAUUCAUUUUUUUCUUUCUUCAAUAAAUUUGGUGUUAUUUAAAAAAAAAAUCAAGGAGGCCUCUAACCAAUACAAGGAAACCAGCCCACAUAUAACACCACCCCAAACCGCAAAACCUUCUUCUUCUUCAAGAAAAAGCUUUGCAAAACCACCCAACUUGUUCGAGAACUCAGACGCUCACUGAAAAUGGAAUUCAUUCCCGAAGAAGGCACACACAACCACGCCGACGCCUCCACUCUAAUCCUGCCGGCGCUGUCGAUCGGAAAUGUGGGCCAGCUCGCCGUGGAUCUCUUAGUGGCGUCGACGAUGGCGGAGAGAGUCGGGUUUCUGGAUAGUCCGUAUGUCCUUCCAUGUGUUGGCAACGAUGCAUAUGGGCCUGUUCCUCAAGGCCACCUUGCUCUUCCUCUUGAAGCUUAUGAAUCGGCUUCUAAUGGAAUGGCUUUAAUAGAUUUUUUUUUACAGGGUAGGAUGAUUGAGUUUGCUAAGAAGUUGGCUGAUUAUGUUGCUGCGAGCGGGAAGAAGCAUGUGAUUGUGCUUUCGAGCUUGGACUUUGGGAGGUGGCAGAGAAUUGAUAUGUCAAGUGGUUCCCAGAUGCAUUACCUGUCUAGCAGCAAUGCCGAUGGAACAGAUGAUUACUGUGAACAGCUUGGGUGGAAAAGACUUCAGGAUUAUAACCCCAGUCAGAGGUCAUGGAAGUAUCUUAACACAUUAGCUGAUGGUAAUGCCAUGCCAGAGGACAGCUUACCUUUUGAAGGUGAAUUGGAAGAAGAAGAAUAUUACUACCCAAGCUUGCCUUUUGCAGCUCUCUUUUCUUCCUUCAAGGCAAAAGGAUCGAAGGUCACCUGUUUAUUAUGCUACUGCUCAGAAGGAGACAACACACCUGAUGCUUUCCAUUUGGCUGAAGCAGCAUGCAAACUUCUGGGUGUGAGUCCCAGUAAUUUCCAUGGCAACACUGAUAAUUGGCUUAUUCCAAUUUCUUGGAAGACUGUGUAUGGACCACCCGCAGACAUGUCUCUUUUUUAAGCAGGUAUAGGAUUCCUCUGAUCUGAGACUUUUGUAGGUACACUGGAGGCGUAUUUUCUUGGACUAGUAAUUGAAGGCGUUUUCAAAGGCUGACAAGAUCUGGGCAGAUCGGAGGUCAUUACCUGUUCAGAAGCUCAAUUUAGUUUCACCUCCAGCAAUGUCGUUUUGUAAUGCCUUGUUCCUCAUUAUCGGCUGUGAAUACAUAGAUGGGAUUCAUGAGCCAAGAUAUAUAUCUCGUGUUAGCUUAUUCAGUGUAGUUGUGCUGUCCCCAGCUGACAGUGAUGUAUGGCAUUAGGUAGCACUUCUUUAAUUGGCAAUUUGUCAUUUGACAGAAAUCUCUUAUUAGUAUUUGUAUUUUUCACAUUGCCAAUAUAAAAUAGCAAAGAGAGAAAAGAAUUUAACACAUUGAAAA